AUGCAAGGUGCAUUGCCAACCACUGCUUAUAUCGGCGCAGCCGUAGCAGCUAUUCGAAAUCCUGCUGAGGUGUUGGCUUCACCCAUCCCUCAAAGACAUGAUGCAUCAGAGCGAGUGAAGGAGGAAGCCAUCGCUGUGAGAGUAGUGGUGAUAGCUUAG